CGUAAAGCGGCUUGCCGAAAGACGAUCAGUGUUGUUGUCAAAGGAGCACUGCUAUCUGCGAGAUGUCCCUGUCACAUAGGACUGUUUUUGUUAUUUUUUUCCAAUUUAUCGCCAACCAUCACACGCAUGCCCUCCAGAAUGUCACGACGGACCUGUUUGGUACCGAAAACAACGGCACGAUUGCGGCGUUUGGCGACUUUAACGCCGACAAGCAGACAGACAUCUUCAUCAUCAGGGAACAGUCCGAGCUGGUCAUCUUCUUAGCUGACUCCAAAGCACCUUACUUCAAGCCCAAGGUGUACAUCUCAAAAGGGAUCUUGCCAAGUGACACGGUCCUCACCAGUGUAGUGCCCGGCGACUAUGAUGGAGAUUCCCAGAUGGACGUUCUCCUCACGGCUCAGAUUAACACAAUGGCAUCCUCGGUUUUUAUCUUUUGGGGAGACAACGAGACAUUAGAUAUGACUGCUUGGCUCAGGUUGAAUAAAACCUUCAGGGAUCAACCUCUGGUGAUGGAUUUCAACGGUGACAUGAUCCCGGAUAUAUUUGGAGUCACGGAUUCGACGACCACGGAAUUUUGCUCUCUAACCAACAGGGACCCAGUGUGUCAAAACGCUCUGAGUUCACCCGUCGACAUGCGUAUCCCUCACGCUAACGCCUUCAUCGACCUCAACAAGGACUUAACCGCCGAUUUGUUCCUGACAACAGAAGGGCCCAAGUUUGAGACCUGGAUCAGCAAGGAUGGCAACUUCAGCCGGGCAAGUGUUCUACCCGAAACUCCACCCUUCCCCACCGUGGGACAGUCAUCCUUUGCUGAUUUCGAUGGUGACGGCUACCAGGAUCACCUCCUGCCCGUGUGCUUGGAUGGAGCCUGCCAAAGCAGCGGCAUCUACCUGGCAAAGUCCGGCUCCAAAGAGUGGGUCCCCAUCCUAUCCGAUUUCCAACAGAGGGGGACGGUAUGGAGUUUUGUGCCAGGAAAGCCCAACCAGCCUAUGUCCUUGCACCUAGGGGACUACAACUUGGACGGCUUCCCUGACGCCCUGGUGGUCCUCCGCAACACCAGCGGCAGUGCUCAGCAGGCUUUCCUUUUGGAGAACGUCCCAUGCACCAGCUCCUCUCUGCCCUGCCAGAGCGUUGGCCGGAUGUUCCGCAUCCACUGGGACCAAUCCGACCUGGGCGCCAUCCCCAACGCCGUCAUGGCCACCUUCUUUGACAUCUACGAGGACGGCAUAUUGGACAUGCUGGUGGUGAAUCAGGUGGAGGGCAAGCGAGAGCUGGUCAUCCACGCCUUGAAGAACAACUUUGAAGCCGAUGCCUAUUUUGUGAAAGUCAUGGUGCUCAGCGGCCUCUGCUCCAACGCCUGUCCUGGAAACGUUAAGCCGUUCGGCGUCAACCAGCCGGGCCCGUACGUCAUGUACACCACGGUGGACUCCAACGGUUACCUGAAGAACGCCUCAGCGGGUCAGUUGAGCCAGUCAGCGCAUUUCUCCUUGCAGCUACCUUACACUGUGCUGGGCCUUGGACGCAGCGCCAACUUCCUGGACCACUUAGUAGUCGGCAUCCCGCGCCGGUCUGGAGAAGUGGAGUUCAGGAAGCAGGAGUGGACUGCUAUCAUCCCCAACUCGCAGCUCAUUGUCAUCCCCUACCCCCACAAUCAACCCAGCAGCUGGAGCGCCAAACUGUACCUGACACCCAGUAACAGCGUGCUACUGACCGCCAUUGCCCUCAUCGGCGUCUGCGUCUUCAUCCUCGUCAUUAUCGGCAUCCUCCACUGGCAGGAGAAGAAAGCAGACGACCGGGAGAAGAGGCAGGAAGCCCACCGCUUCCAUUUUGAUGCCAUGUGAACGGCCAUCAUCUUUUACCUGCUGUCACUUGCACCAUUUCACAUGCACGUUACCUACUAUGCCGCUAACUUGAUAGCUGUCCCCCCCUUCACCUGUUUCUGCCCCACCUGGCUUUACCUGUCCACCUUUAUCUUCCGCAUUCACUCCGAAAAGGCCAAAAAAAGCGAGUCAUUUUUCCUUUAAAAAAAAUUGAGGCUAAUUUUAUUAUCCGGAAAAUGUCCGUGUUCCGAAAUAGCUCAUGUUGGACUUUGCCACGUCGUUGGCCAGUCUAACAAAAUGGCUGCUGUCGGAGCAUUCACAGUGUUACUGUCCAAUUUCAUUCCGUUUUUUGCUCGAAUGUCAAAUUUUAUUUGAAACUGUUUUGCCAAGUCUUUAAAUCAUUUGAAUCUAAUCUGUCUGCAAGCUCUUUUCUAUUUGAAGCUACUGUGUUUUUGUUUUUAUGUGGUUUGGGAUUUGCACUUUCUUUUUUAAUUAUACGUGUAAUUUAUUUGGUUUUGCGAACGCCGCAGCUACUCGAUGUGAAUAAUAAAAGGUAUUGACUGUGA